AUGGCAGCCACAUGCCGCCCCGAGAGGAGAGCGUCCGCUAGACACCAGCGGGCAGCCAGGCGCCACUCUGUGCUCAAGAUCUGCUUUAAAUUUGGACUUUCAGAAUCAGUGUCCCCAAAUGAAGUUAUCCCAUGGAAUACUGAUGUUAAUGGCCAACCUCUGGAAACAUCUUCUUGGGAAGCCCUCUUCAAUUUUUUCUUUCCAACAACCUGCACUGUAAGGGAGAACCAAGAGUGCAACCGGCUGCUAAACCUUACUGAGACUGACUGUUUGAGAUCCAAAUGCUGUUUCUCAUCAUCUGGGACCAGGGCCUGCUUUGCCCCACUAAUAGAAAAGCCUACACAAAUGAUCCGGAUAUUUGGGCUUGGUGUGGUCAGCUGCUCGUCCUAA